CCUCCUUUUUCCUCCUCCUCUUCACACUCUAGUCUCUACUAUCUCUCUCUCUCUCUCCUUCCAGUUUCAGCCCCCCUUCCCCUUCCUCCAUUCUAAAAUCUAAGCUUAACUCUCACUUUCUCUCUCCUCAAAAACCCACUAAAAAAAGCUCCAACUUUUAACUUCAAUGGCGGAUUUAACAACAACCCAUUUCCUGAAACAAUGAAGAUCACCCCAAACACCGACCUCUCUACUCUCCUCUCCUCAAAAAACCCAGCUCAACCUCAAAAAUCCCCAGAUCUUCCCAAAAAACAACCCCUUUUAAAACCCCGUAAAUCUUCCCGAAAUACCCCUCGACUUUCCAAGAAAUCCGGCCCUCCUACCCCUCUUCUCCGCUGGAAGUUUCACGAGGAGAGAGAAAGAGAAAAUACCAACACUGCCCUUUCUGGGGAUGUGAAAAAACAUAACUCCGGCAAUGUUGCCGGAGAAAAGUCGCCGGAAUGUCGCCGGAAAUCGAGGAGAGAGAAAGUGGGUCCCCCUGUUUCAGCUAGGAAGCUUGGUGCUACUCUAUGGAAGAUGCAGUUGGUGGUGGGCCCAGAAAAUGAUGUUAAUGUGAAGAAAGAGAAUGAAGAUCGAUUAGGGUUUAAGGUGUGUUUUAACUCCUUGUUUGAGACUCAAGAUCUCAACUUCAAUUUUUCCAAGCCUGUAAUUGGUCAUGGUGGUGAUCGAUUGACCUGUCAUCAUGCUAGCAGAGAAUGUGGCUCUGAGGCUAAAGAUCCGCUUAGAAGCCCGUGUUCUGUGAAUGGUCCAGUCAAUGGAUAUCAUUGUGAGCGCCAAUCUCCAUUUCACUUUCCUAAUUAUGCCAUGGAGGGGGCAACAAAGUGGGAUCCAGUUUGCUCGAAAGCUUCAAAUGGAGAUGGUGAUGAUUUGAAGUCACUUGACCAUAAAGCAAAUGCUUCCUCUGUUAUCUCUGCACUUGAGAAAGAUCUCGAGCAGGCUCGGGCACGUAUAGAGGAGCUGGAAACAGAAAGGCGAUCCUCAAAGAAGAAGAUUGAACACUUCUUGAAGAAGCUCAGUGAGGAAAGAUCAGUAUGGCGGAGCAGAGAACAUGAGAAGGUACGGGCAAUUAUCGAUGAUGUUAAAGCUGACUUGAGCAGAGAAAGGAAGAAUCGUCAAAGACUUGAGAUUGUCAACUCUAAGCUGGUCAGUGAGAUGUCAGAGGUUAAGUUAUCAGCAAAGAGAUACAUGCAGGAUUACGAGAAAGAAAGAAAAGCCCGAGAGUUAAUAGAGGAGGUAUGUGAUGAGCUGGCAAAGGAAAUCGGGGAGGACAAGGCCGAAGUUGACUCGCUUAAGAAAGAGUGCAUGAGGAUCCGAGAGGAAGUUGAAGAAGAGAGGAAAAUGUUGCAGAUGGCAGAGGUUUGGCGAGAAGAACGUGUGCAAAUGAAGUUGGUUGACGCCAAAGUAGCUCUUGAUCAGAAGUAUUCUCAAAUGAACUAUCUUGUAUCAGAGCUCGAAAAGUUUUUCAGGUCCAAGGGCGUGAACAUCGAUAUGAGUGAAUUAAGGGAAGCUGAUCUGUUUCGUCGAGCUGCUGCAUCCAUAAACAUUCAUGAUGUUAAAGAGUUUACAUAUGAGCCAUCUCACCCAGAUGAUAUAUUCGCUGUUGUUGAAGAAAUGGCAAUGGCAGAAAGCAAUGCAAGAGAGAUUGAACCAUGUGCUGAUUACAGCCCAGCAAGCCAUGGUUCCAGAGUUCGUGCUGUGAGCCCUGAAAACAACCACAGCAAAGAGAGUAUUCAGGGGCUUUCAAAUGUUUAUGGCAAUCAGAGUGGUGGUGACAUGGAUGAUGAUGGGAGUGGAUGGGAAACUGUGAGCCAUGCAGAAGAUCAAGGUUCCAGUUAUUCACCUGAAGGAAGUAUGAUGUCAGUUAAUAGGAUGUACCGGGAUAGUAAUGUAUCAGAUAGCUGCACUGAAUGGGAAGAACAGGUCGGUGAUGAAACACCCAUUACUGAGAUCAGCGAAGUCUGCUCAGUUCCCUCAAAACAGCUAAAAAAGGUAAAUUCAAUUUCAAGGCUUUGGAGAUCAGGUCCCAAUAAUGGUGAUAACUACAAGAUAAUAUCCGUGGAUGGCGUGAAUGGAAGGCUUUCAAAUGGACGGGUUUCUAAUGGAGCUACCAUGUCACCUGAUCGUGGAUCCAGUAAAAGUGGGAUUAGCCCGUCAGGUAUGGUUGGGUGGACCUCGCCUGACAUUAACCGGGGGAUGAAGGGUUGCAUCGAGUGGCCUCGUGGAGCACAUAAAAGCAGCUUGAAGCACAAGCUUCUAGAGGCGAGGAUGGAAUCGCAGAAGAUCCAACUACGCCAAGUGUUAAAGCAAAAAAUCUGAACUGAUUGGAAGCGAGGUGAUCAUACCUUUCCCAUUCUUCCCUCCCUGGGAUCGAUCCCAUGUAAACUACCGAUCCCCCGAGAUGCCAUUGUAAGACAGGCUAAGCAUAGGUAAUAAUAUUAUGAGCAGUCUCUUGGAUAUUUGGGGUUGUUUCUCCACCAAGCUCUGGAGUGAACAUGCUCCAGCUAGGAAUUUUGUUUUAGUUGCUCUUGCAAAACAUACUGAAGGUAGAAAUAAUGACAAUUUGGGGUAGGACCUACUACUAUGUUAUAUAUUCUCUGUAAUUAGUGGCACUGAUGUCGCUUAAUUUAAGGAGUAGUAUAUCGGAGUAUGUUUGCAGAGCAUAUUUCUCUCAAUAUUUGUAACCUGUAGAAUCAUCUGUAUUUGUAACUGAUCAUAAAAAACAGUUCGAGGAAAGUAUAUUCUCAGUAAAAAAAUCGCUUUUUUCCUCUCUGAAA